AUGAGUAGCCAGUCUACUGAUCUCAACCCCGCCACUCAAACCCUCAUCACUACAUUUACUACAACAGUAAAGGGUGCUACAUCAUCUAUUAUAGCAGCAGCAACAACAACGGCAACAACAGCAACAACAACAGAGUCAGCAACGUUAGUAAAACAGAACUUGCUAUGUGACUGGACCAGGACAGCAGCAAACUGUAGAGAUGCAGAAUUUAUCCGAUAUAUGCUUUGGGCAUCAUGUGCGAUGCACAUCGCUGUAGGGUUUUUUGGCGUUUGGCUACUGAUAUACCGUAACCGUGGAUUCAACCGUAAGAUCGUCACAGACUUGUUCCUUCCAGUCGGGACAGGGAUUCGACCAAAGCCUAUGGACUGCCUCAUUUUCUUCAUGACAAUAUCUUGUCCCGUCAAAGUGGCUGGAAAUUUACUUUUAAUCUUUGAUGUCCUUCAAGAUGCCUACUGGCUUCGAAUAGCUGUUGAGCAACUAUAUUGGGUGUUUAUUGCAAUAGCAUUUUCGGCUUAUUUCGUAGGGCUACUGUAUGCUAUGCCUAUCACCACGCGCCAGGGAAUAUUUGCUGUAUACCAGCCCGAGGUGGCAUAUGGCGCCCGCGCGCUUCGACCUAUUCAUGUCUUGACACCUUCAACUGUACAAAAAAACAUCCUUCUUAUUAUGGGAGCUGUCUAUCCAUCGCUCUUUGGCGCUGGAAUAGGGAUUGCAUCUGGCGCUCUUCGCGACCAAGGAAAUGAGGAAGCAUCCCAUACUUUGCUCCUUAUCCAAUAUGCAAAUUGGUCCUUAAUUCUUUAUAUCAUGGCGUUCAUGUUCUUUUACUAUGGCCUCAAAUACACAUUUAUACUCAGAGCCAAUAUUAUCAUUGCGGAGAAAGCGCUCAAGGCACCACGAGCUGCAUUCGGUAUCGGAAACAUUAGAUCUCGUUCACCGGCGCGUUUCUUGUUUAUACAGCUUCAGAUUACUGGCUUUGGCGGAUGUGCUGUCACUGUCUUGGCGGGAACAUUGUGUCUAUUCUGGGUACUGUUCCAAGACAAAAUCCUGGAGAUGGAAAACGACCAACUGCCACAUACAAUUGCAUUCUUCUGGACAUGUGCAAUGGCUGUAACUUAUCUCGUUGCCAUGUCAUUGGUCACAGUUCAGUCGAUAAGAACGCGGAGGAGAGGAAUGCAGGAACCCUCCUCGAACGUGUCGAACCCAUCGAAUUCCCGGAAUGGGCCAUCAUCACGUCAAGGAAGUGGUGGCAGUGAACCCACAGUCCAGAGUAGUGGUACAGGGGGAGGGAGGGCAGGCAGCUUGAAGAAGGAGCGCCUAGACCAAAACUUUACAAGUAAAGGGUCAAUGAAAUCCGACUCUGAAGCUUGCCUAACAUAUGGUGACUCUGAGGACGCGAAUGCACAUCAUCCAAAUAUGGGAUUCGAUAGAUACCCAGUGGAGAGUUUUGAUUUAGAAGGAGCAGCUGCUACGGCAAUCGAGAGCGAUCGCGAUUCUUAUAGAGCCCCAUCCUUGACUCCACCGCCACGACAUUUGUCUAUAAACACCAACAGCGCUAAUGGUAAUGAUCCCGCCUCAAAGACAUAUAUUAUAAACAUAGGUCCAGCCCCUAGCCAGAUUCGUGAAUCCGUUUUUGGUGGCAGAACACCGCGUGAAGAGACCUCGACAUCUUCACUCUCUCCACCUCUGUCGCCGACAUCUGGAGGGUUCAAUAUCCCGUCAUUUCCAUUAGCAAUAAUACGUCCCAAAUCUAGGAACAGCACCCAUCCUCGUCCUUCAAUUAGCUCAGUUACAUCUAGUGGAAGCCCAUCACACCACACGACCUCUACCACGACAUUAGGAAGCUCGAAUCGCUUGUCAAGGAAUUCAUCCUUCAAGAAUAGCGGGCCUGUGUCGGUGAAUCCUCCGAAGAGCCCUACUCAUCAAGGGAUUCGUAGACCAUCCAACAUAGAGCAGCAGCCACAUACGCCAACGUCUCCCGCCCCUGUGUACGCUCCUCGCGAGCAGCACUCAAGGAUUGAGAGACGGUUCAGCAACACGAUACGAGAGCAAUCGAGUUCAGAUAUCCAUCCGAUAGCAAGUACUUCUGCACCGUCUUCUCCAUCAAGAGGUGGAGGGGGCGGGUAUCGAAGCCAUGAAAUUGGAUUAGAAUCAAUCCAGAGCUAUGCAAUGCAGCAGCAACAGGAGCCGCCUGCAUCUGCGUACAUGCGUUCGAGCGACUUGGAUGUGUAA